UUACGUCGAUUUCGCUCGAGGCAAAAAUACUUAGAGAUCGAGGAUCGAGAAUCCUCUCCCGCUGGCGGAUUCGUUCUCUCGGUUGCGGACUUUCUCCGCAUUUUUGCUGACCGAAACUCGCCGGAACUCGGCCUGAAACUCGCGCUCGCCUCUCUCGCGGGGUUCAACGUUCCUGAAAUAGUGGGUGUGUCGCGUGUGCCUUUUUCGACUCUCUCGACGAUGGAGACGACGCGAUGCGCGUACGUAUCCGAGGACGAGAACCUGUACCAGGUGUACAAUCGUGAGAAAGCCACCAGUAAUCUCGUUACUCUCGAUGCGCUGCUGGCCGACUUGCAGAACACCGUGUCGUCGGAGGGAAAUCACGUCGGUGGAAAUGCGACACCCGGUUACGGAUCGCUGAACGGUGCGCGCACCCACACGACCACCGUCUACAGAUCCUACGACAAUCGAACCUCGCCGCUGCCGCCGCAAUCGCCGACUUACCAGAACCGCGAGGCGAUAGAGGAAACCAUCAGUAAAACCGGAAGUGCGUCUUACACCCAGACGGGCACCGGGAGCAAGAUGCCCUCCCUCAAUAACAAUCUUUCCGAGUUGGACACUCUCCUGCAAGAUCUGAGCAAUGCACGCUAUAAUGCCCACUUUCAGGAAAGAGACAGUCGCGUGUCCACCACAGGGGUGAACGGGAGCGCAACCAGCCCCAUGCUCCGUUCCCCGAGUAGUAUGUCAGCCUCUCGACCCACCGUCGACUCGUUGCUCGAAGAACUAAGCACCGCAGUGCCUAAUGGAGACUAUCCCGCCGAUGGAAAGGUGAGGGUCACCAUACAGGAGACGUCCACGGAGAUACAGCCGGUCUAUGACGGCUAUCCCUCCAGUCAGCAUGGCUCGCUGAGUCGAACCGAGGUUCAGAGGAAUUAUCCUAAUGGUCAUACCGCGAGUAACGCUACCAAGGAGCUGGAUGAUCUAAUGGCUUCGCUUUCCGAAUUCAAGAUCAACAGCGGUACCCAUCAACAUCAGACAGUAACCGACUCCCCGUACGCGAAGCCCAAUAAGGCCACCAAGAGCUCGCAGAGCCCAUUGCCCGGCGAGGGCCCGCAGACCCGCGUCCACAUCACCGAGACCCAUACGACUCAUCUCUAUCAACCAGGGGAGAGUCAGCCUCUUAAACAGAAUCAGUUGGAUUCUAUGCUCGGUAAUCUUCAGGCCGACAUGAGCCGCCAAGGAGUCAACACUACUCAGAAGGGAUGCUGCAGCGCCUGCGAGAAGCCCAUCGUGGGCCAGGUGAUAACAGCGUUGGGCAAGACAUGGCAUCCGGAACAUUUCACGUGUACCCACUGCAACCAGGAAUUAGGCACGCGAAACUUCUUCGAGAGGGAGGGACAUCCUUACUGUGAAACGGACUAUCACAAUUUGUUCUCACCUCGUUGCGCUUAUUGCAACGGGCCCAUUCUUGAUAAAUGCGUGACUGCUCUGGAGAAGACCUGGCAUACCGAGCAUUUCUUCUGCGCUCAAUGCGGCAAGCAGUUUGGCGAAGAGGGCUUCCACGAGCGAGACGGCAAGCCUUAUUGCCGCGAGGAUUACUUUGACAUGUUUGCUCCUAAAUGCGGCGGCUGUAAUCGCGCCAUUAUGGAGAAUUACAUAUCUGCACUCAACAGCCAAUGGCAUCCAGAUUGUUUCGUCUGCAGGGAUUGCAAGAAGCCGGUUUCUGGAAAGUCCUUCUACGCGAUGGAAGGACAACCGGUGUGUCCCAAAUGCGUCGGAGUAGAUGACGACGAGGAAGAAGAAGAGCAGGAGGCGUAAAAAAAUCUCAUCGUCGUCAUCAUUGUCGUCAUCAUCGUCUUAUCAAUUUGUCCCAGAAGAUUUCUUUGUUACCCUAUCGUCCAGCUACCCUUUGCAAUUAUAUCGCCCCUUGUAUGCCCUCCGGCUCUAUAAAUGCGGAGCCAAUACCCUGCUGAUCCUUCGACAGAUAAUUUAGCUGGCGCUGGAGGAAGACUGGGAACGAGAAAUGCCGAUUAUGAAUCACCGUCGUCUUGAUUCCGCGUUGCAAACACACACAGACAACACAGCAUAUCUCUCACACUUUACAUUCUUAUAUUACGGGGCAUACUCUCGGCAAGCAAGCUCAAAGUUUAAGAUUAUUGUUUUCGACAAGCUUUGACAUUAUGUCGCAGUUCUUGAAUGAAAAGGAAUUUUCUCGAGCUGCGCAAAGAUACUGUUAGUACUAUAUGUCAGAAGUAAAGAAAUAAAUUUCCCUCACCCACUCAUUCCCACCCCCUCCCCUAAAAAAAAGAAAACAACCCCAAAAUGAAAAGACACACACGAGAGUCGGCUGUCUCGCACACAUGUAUACA